UGUGUGUGUGUGUGUGUGUGUGUGUGAGAGAGACUGUGUGAGCCGACGCCAGUGGACCAAGCGGGUCACUUCUGACAAGUGAGAUGGUGAGAGGGGGGAGGGAGUGAGGCCAUGGGCUGCACCUCGGCUAAGCAGGUGUCGGCUGUGCCCAACGACGAAGAGGGCCGGGGCAAAGCCUACAGCAACGGAGACCUCUUCACUGAUGAAUAUAAGAUGAAGGGAGUGGAGGAGGUGAAGUACAUGCGUGGAGAAGAAGACCGAGUAAACGCACGCAACCAGGAGAACCUGGAGAAGAGCUUGACGCAGCACAGGACCAAACAGCACAAAGAGGUGCCUGGGCCCAGCGCCAACAAGACGAACAUACAUACGUCAGAGAGUCAGCAGGAGUUCUUCAGAAUGCUGGAUGAGAAGAUUGAGAAGGGGCGGGAUUACUGCUCAGAGGAGGAGGAGGAUGUGACAUAGCAGAGAGGCGCCAGAUCUUGCCAGAGAUGGAAAUAGAGAGAGUGUGAACUCAAAAAAUCAGUGUUUCCUAUGUCUGUAACACUCUGUCGUUCUGAGAGCGAGUGUGCGUGCGAGUGCGUGAGAGCGUGUGCUUGUGAGAGCGAGAGAAUGCAGGACUUUUCCUUAUAGGCUGUUGCACCCUUGACCCCUUCUCCUCUCUUGGGGUUGCCUUGCUUGGAGAUCUAAAUGGUUUUGGGUGAAGAAAGAACAGCUUGAUUGAUGUAUUAUCAACACCGACUCACUCUGACGUGAAAUGAGGACCCCCGUCCCCCUCCGCACCUCUCCUCCUACGGCCAGCAUUGAAACGGCCCCCUUCCUCCGCCUGGCUGUGACGAAGCCAUCUGAGAGAGAGAAAGAGAGAUUAUGUCAAGGAGAGCGAGAUGAAAGGAUAUGGAGAGAAAAAAGAUGACAUGCCCCUCCCAGUCCUUGUUUUAAGUGGCAGGCCAGAGAAAAACUGACAUAUGGAGGAACCAGAAGAGAGCUUACGAACAUCCUCUAGAGAUAACGGGGAGUGAAUGUAAAGAUGGAGUGAUGUGGGUUUUUGGGGAGAGAAAUGAUUGAACGAGAGAUAUUUUAUGAAGAGCGACUAUAUGAACGAACUGGCUGAUUAUUUUGAUAUUUUGAUAGGAGCGUCGUGGCAAGUUUUUGAACAUUUGAGUAUGGACUCCUGCCUUUUGAAGGACCUAUUUUAAUUUGUCGAGAUUGAUUUGUUUGUUCCAUAAAUGUUUUUUUUUGUUUGUUUUUUUUGCUUAUUGCGUAGAUCAUACCUCUUUAAGCUUGUGCUGUAAAGGUCAGGGCUGUACGGUGACCCCAUAACACACUCGCUCUCUCUCUCACACACUCUCACACACACACACACACACACACACAUACACAGAGAAAGACUUAAAGCUAAAAUUAUCACCACACCCUCUUUCUACACACAGGUUCACACUUUCAUUUUGUAUAGCCUGCUAUUAUUUGUAAAUUUCUCUGAAAAUUAGUUACCCACACACACAUCCAAAUAUAUCCGUUACAGCCACCCGCAAACUGGCAGCAUUUAACUUAAAGAUCCGUAUUGACUGUUUAUGCUGCCCUUUAAUACAGGUAAUGGACUGUGAAGAGACUAUGGCAGAGAACUGGGGUUGUCUGUUUUGUUUUGUGUGUUUCGAGGGCUGUAUUUGUGUUAAUCUGUGUCAGAGAACCAGGUCUUACUGUGUUAAUGUUGUCAAAGGGAUGAGGUGUUUGUCUUAGGCCUGUAUGCGUUUAGCCAGUGUUUACCUCUAUUUCUCACCCUGCCUUUCUUACGCAAAAGUAUUCAGUCGUGCUGGCUAAAAUGAAUUCUCGUUGUCUCUUACAAUUCAUAGACAUUCUAGACUUAAACAGUAUGAGGUGGGGUGGGGUCACUUUGGGGGACACAACGCUGGCCAAGCAUCUGUCGUUAUGAUUACUGGAUUGAUUCCUUUUUAAUUUUUAUUUUCAAUGUUUUCUUUUUCUAUUAAAAUAUAAGACACA